AUGCCUGUCGCCACCACCCCCACACGCUCCGACGCCGAGUUUUGGAAGAUUGCCGACUCGAAGCUGAUCCGCUACGGCGGCUCGUGGUCCAAUGUCCGCGUCAAGAGUGCCAAGGGUGCGGUCAUGUUUGACCAGAACGGCAAGCGCAUCCUGGACUGGACCAGUGGUCAAAUGUCCUCGGUCCUUGGCCACGGCCACCCCGAGAUCUGCGACGUUGUGGACAAUUACAUGCGCAACCUCGACCACCUAUUCUCAGCCAUGGUCGCGGACCCCAUCGUCGACCUCGCCGAUGCCCUCACCAAGCUCACGCCUCCGGGGCUCGACCGCUGCAUGUUCCUCUCAACUGGCAGUGAGACCAACGAAUGUGCCCUCAAGCUCGCAAAGAUGUACACGGGUGGCCACGAGAUUGUCUCGCUCAGCGCCUCAUACCACGGCAUGACCCAUGGCUCGGGCGCGGCCACGUUCUCAGUAGGCCGCAAGGGCUACGGACCCCAGCUUCCUGGCAACUUUACCCUCUCGGUCCCGUAUGCCUACCGCUCGCCCUUCCGUCACGAAGAUGGAAGCUACGACUGGCAGACCGAGCUCGACUAUGGCUGGGACCUUAUCGACCGCCAGAGCUGCGGUGCACUCGCUGCGGUCAUUAUCGAGCCCAUUGUCAGCACGGGCGGCAUCAUCACCCUGCCUCCGGGAUACAUGAAGGCUCUGAAGAACCACUGCGAGAAGCGCGGCAUGCUCCUCAUUGUCGACGAGGCGCAGACCGGCAUGGGCCGUACUGGCGACAUGUUUGCUUUCGAGCACGACGGCGUCGUUCCCGACAUCCUCACCCUCUCCAAGACCCUCGGUGCCGGCCUUCCUCUCGGUGCGACCAUCUGUACCGCCGAAAUUGAACAGGUGUGCCACGACCGCGGCUUCUUCUACUACACCACCCACCUCAACGACCCCUUAGUGUGCGCUGUCGGCGCCAAGGUGUGCGAGAUUGUCGUCCGCGACAACCUCAAGGACGAAGCGGCGCGCAAGGGCAAGGUUCUCAAGGACGGUCUCCUGGCCCUCCAGAACAAGUACCCCAACAUUGGCGACGUCCGCGGCCGCGGCCUCAUGUUGGGUAUCGAGAUUGUAGAGGACCACGAGCGCAAGACACCGGCAGACGCUCUGGGGACAAGGAUCUCGGCACGCUGCAUGGAGCUGGGCCUCAGCUGCAACGUCGUGCAGCUGGUCGGGAUGGGUGGAACCUUCCGUAUCGCGCCGCCCCUGACCAUCACCGAGGACGAGAUCCGCGAGGGUCUGGCCAUCAUGGACAAGGCGUUCGAAGAGUGUCUCGCGGAGCGUGCCAAUGGGGUGUAG